ACUAUCGCGUUAAGACUUCCGGUGUAUGUGUGCCAUAAUACCGCUGCGCGUAUUUCAGGCGGUGGAGAGUGGACGCUGAUGGGGGACGAAAAGGAGACCUGGAAAGUAAAAACUCUUGACGAAAUCCUACUUGAGAAAAAACGCAGAAGAGAAUUAGAAGAGAGAACAGAUCCCAAGCGCCAGAAAAAUUUUACACAGGGCCUUGUUCCACAGGCGGAUGAUCGGGAAGCCAAACGAGACACUCCGGAGGAAGGAGAACUACGGGAUCAAAAGAUGGAAAUAACAAUUCGUAAUUCCCCAUACACACGGGAUGACUCAACAGAGGACAGGGGAGAGGAAGAUGACUCUCUGGCAAUCAAGCCUCCACAGCAAAUAGCAAGAAAAGACAAAUCUCACCACAGAAAGGAGGAGAAGAGAAAAGACAAGAGACGACAUCGCAGUCACUCUGCUGAAGGAGGAGUGAAACAUGCACGACCCAAAGACAAAGAGAAAGAGCGAGAGAACGAUCGCAGGAAGCGUCAGUGGGAAGAAGACAAAGCCCGGCGAGACUGGGAGAGGCAGAAACGAAGGGAACAGGCCAGAGCACAUUCACGCAGAGAGAGGGACCGGCUGGAACAGCUGGAACGCCAGCGUGAACGGGACCGAAAGCUGCGCGAACAGCAGAAAGAGCAACGGGAGCUGAAGGAUCGGGAGAGGAGGGCUGAGGAGCGACGCAAAGAGCGAGGUGCUCGACGAGAAGUGCCACCUCACCAUCGGAUGCUACCUGACGAAUAUGAUGAUAGGCCACAACAAAGUCACCGCAGCAGAAGCCCCACCCGCGUUCCACGGGACAGAUCCGAACCCAGCGAACCCCGGAAAAGUGCAACAUUGAAGGAGGAGAAGCCAGAGGGCAAAGACCCCCUCGCAGACCUCCAGGACAUCAGUGACAGUGAAAGGAAGACCAGCACAGCAGAAUCCUCCCUGGCAUCAGGAUCCGGCUCUGAUGAAGAGGAGGAGGAUGACGAUGAGGAGGAGUCCAGCAGCCAGAGCGAGGGUGAAGAAGAAGAGGAGGAGUCUGUUUCCGGCUCAGGAAGGUCUGAGCAGAGUGCAGAGGACGUGAGUGAGGACGAGCAGUCAGUGGAAGACUUUGAAGAGGAGAGGGAAAAUGGAAAUCACAUACCUGCAGUGCCAGAGUCCCGCUUCGAUCAUGACUCCGAGGAGAGCGGCGAGGACAUGGAGGAAGAGGAGGAGGAGGAAGAUGACGCAGAAGAGGGUGACCCCACGCCUCACUCUCAGACUCAUUCUCGCUCCCCCACCCCCGAAGAGAACUACAUCCCAGAAUCUCCCCCAAUUUCACCUGUGGAGCUGAAGAAGGAGCUGCCCAAAUAUCUGCCUGCUUUACAGGGUUGUCGCAGUGUUGAGGAAUUCCAGUGUCUGAACCGAAUAGAGGAGGGAACCUACGGUGUGGUGUACAGAGCCAAGGACAAAAGACGGGUAUGGAAAUAAACAUAUGAAAUUGUGGCCUUGAAAAGGCUGAAGAUGGAGAAGGAGAAGGAGGGCUUCCCCAUUACCUCUUUAAGAGAAAUCAAUACAAUCCUGAAAGCUCAGCACCAAAACAUCGUAACAGUAAGGGAAAUAGUUGUUGGAAGCAAUAUGGACAAGAUCUACAUCGUGAUGAACUAUGUAGAACAUGACCUGAAGAGUCUGAUGGAAACCAUGAAACAGCCCUUUCUGCCAGGUGAAGUAAAGACUCUGAUGAUUCAGCUGCUUCGAGGUGUUCGACAUCUCCAUGAUAACUGGAUUCUCCAUCGUGAUCUGAAGACAUCCAAUCUGCUGCUGAGCCACAAGGGCAUCCUCAAGAUUGGCGACUUUGGUCUGGCCCGGGAGUAUGGUUCCCCCCUGAAGCCCUACACUCCUGUAGUGGUGACCCUGUGGUACCGAUCACCAGAGCUGCUGCUUGGAGCCAAGGAGUACUCCACAGCUGUGGACAUGUGGUCAGUGGGCUGCAUAUUUGGCGAGCUGCUCACCCAGAAACCUCUUUUCCCUGGAAAAUCUGAAAUUGACCAAAUUAACAAGAUUUUCAAGGAUCUGGGGUCACCCAGCGAGAAGAUCUGGCCUGGCUACAACGAGCUGCCCGCUGUGAAGAAGAUGACUUUCACAGAGUAUCCCUACAACAACCUGCGAAAGCGCUUUGGAGCGCUGCUCUCAGACCAAGGCUUUGACCUCAUGAACAAAUUCCUCACCUACUGCCCCAGUAAGAGGAUUUUAUCAGACGAAGGGCUCAAGCACGAGUACUUCCGUGAGACACCGUUGCCCAUUGACCCAGCCAUGUUUCCCACCUGGCCGGCCAAGAGUGAGCAACAGAGGGUGAAGAGAGGCACCAGUCCUCGUCCACCCGAGGGAGGCCUGGGCUACAGUCACCUGGGCGAUGAUGACCUAAAAGACACAGGCUUCCACCUGACAACCAGCAACCAGGGAGUGUCUGCAGUCGGUCCAGGAUUUAGCCUCAAGUUCUGAACCCAAAACUGCAGGACAUCUGGUAGUCUCGCUGAGAAAGAGGGAGCAGAGUUCUGGGAUGUUCUGGGUCGUUGUUUUGAAACUGCACAGUGUCACUGGUUUACAUCUGUAAACCAGAUCAAUAUCUGAUCAAUUACAACUGUUACCAAAUAGUCAGGACUGUCUCACAGCAAAGACUGGUGGCUCAAACAUGUUGAAUUUCCAGAAAACUCUGCGUCGACUUUUUCCGCUUUGUCUCUUGUUUUCAAAGCCAUUUCACCAACUCAAUGUGGCCAUUUUAGCUCUUAAAGGGGAGACACAACUAUACAUCUGUUAGAAGUUUAGCUGUCAUGUUUGACUUUUGUUUUAUUCUCCCUUGUAUACUUCAUGAGAGAGGACCAGAUUUUAUAAAUGGGUGGUAUUUCUUGGCUGCCUGAGCUACUGUAGAAUGAUGCAGCAUUGGCUGUGUUUUCCAUCCAGCAUUAUGUUAGAAAUUGAGGACUGUCAGGUCACCUGACGACAGGGGGACGAUGUUUUUGCUAGAAAUAAAGUUUGAAACUUUG